AUGCCUACUGGGGUUGAGCCUGUCGGUCAGGGACAGACUCAUGAUACUGCGGGUGCAUCGGGCUCUCAGACUCCGGUGGCUUCGUUAGAGGUACCCACCCAUACAUUAUACACUGUACCACCCGUGGCAAACCUGGUACCUCCACCAGCAGAGCCUGCGGCGUACCCGGUACCACCGCCACCUGGACCUACCGUGUACCAGGCAACAGCGGCACCCGCGCCCCCAGUGCCUACAGUGUACCCAGCACCCGCACCAGCAGUAACGGUUGCUCCAUUUCUGGUACCACCACCUACCGUACCUCCAGUCGCAGCCACUCAUAUCGACCUUGCAGUACCACUAGUGGUAUAUGCUCCAACUUAUGUAGCAGCACCGGGAGUACUUCCCCCGGUCUAUCCAGCGGUACUACCUGUACCACCAGCUCUAGGGAUUCCACCAGCUCCAGGGAUUCUGCCAGUUCCCGCGUCGAUCCCUACGCACUUCACUGAUAUUGUCGCGGUAUGA